AUGCGGGUGGAGUCAACACCACAGAAGUGUAACUCUUCCCAGAGUGAGUGCUUCGUCCAUAUAAAGCUUUCCAGGAGCUCAAAGCCCUUGUUAGAACAGGAGUCUUCACUCCCAGCACUCUGCAUCGGCUUUGGCUGCAGCACUGCUGCUAUUGCUGUGCGUCUGGGUGACCCUGAUCCUUUCCACAGCUGCAGAGAGGUGGGCAUCCCUGAAUGUGCAGUGAAGCGCUGUGCCGUUCAGAUCUCUUGUGCUCUAGAGUUCAUCCACCAGCGUGGUCUGGUCCACCGCGACAUCAAGCCUGAGAACGUACUGCUGCUGGACACCCAGUGCCGUUGCGUCAAACUGGCCGACUUUGGUCUCACCCAGAGACGAGGAACCUUCAUCCGCUUCAUAUCGGGCACACUGCCAUAUAUGGCUCCAGAGCUUUGCACCAUGGUCUUGGAGGAAGGUCAGACGGAGGUGAAAGCCCCUCCGCUCCGCGUGGAGCCCACUCUAGACACCUGGGCCUUUGGCGUGCUUCUUUUCUGUAUCCUCACAGGCUUCUUCCCCUGGGAGCGCUGCAACGACAGUGACGAUUUCUACGAAGAGUUUGUAGACUGGCGCAGAUCGCCGAAGAAAACCCCCGUGCCAUCUCAGUGGAAACGAUUCACACCUGUGUGCAUGCAGAUGUUCAGGAGGAUGUUAGCGCUGGAUCCCAGUGAGAGGUGCUCUGUAGGAGAGGUCAAAGGUUACGUGGGAAAGGACUGGGUGCGAGCAAAGGACGCCAAUGGAUGGGUGGGAGAAAAUGGGGAGGUCAGCACGUCCACACCGAGUCCCUGCAGAAGCAGCUGCAGUGAUGAACACUGAUAGUGUUAUAUGACAAAUGAGCAGAAUGUAGU